AUAAGGAGUAGUUACUUGUUUCAUUCAACUUUCCCCUGUUUAUCAAAAAUCCGCUCCAGAUCUUUGAACCGAGAUUGAGUUGAGAGGCUAUCAAUUGGGUCACUCACUCACUCGUCGUACUUGUGUAGCUGUUGUGUAUAUGCUCUGGUUCAUAAUUAUUUUUCAAGAUCAUACCAAAGUGUAUGCAUUUUGGGUUGGAUUCAGGCUGCCAUAGUAUUAACUAAACAUUUUUGCAUAGGUGGGUAAUUGUGGGUUCGUCCAUAAAAUGGGUGAUUUGAAAAGGUUGAUUGUAGUUUAUUUACAGAAAUAAAGAAACAAUAAAAACUGAGCAUUUUAUAGGAGUGUUUAUAAAGAUGCUAAGAUCAGCUCUUUCUCCCAUAUUUGCAACUUUCCCCUCCAAAACCAAGCUGGUUAGGACAAUUCAGCAUGCGGUAACAAAACGCCCGGAAACUGUUCGACUAAAUGCCCCAAACAACUAUCUAACCUCGCAUAAGCUUCCCCCAACCUCAGCUUACGUUCACCUCCCAUUCUGCCGGAAACGCUGCCACUACUGCGACUUCCCCAUCCUAGCCCUCGGUGUCUCCUCCCAACCAGACAAUGACCCUCGAAUUGCAGACUACGUCAGCCUCAUUUGCAGAGAAAUCAAGGACACCACACUCCUCCACUCAAGCACCAACCAACCAGCUCUGGAAACCAUCUUUUUUGGUGGUGGCACACCUUCUCUUGUGCCUCCCCGGCUGGUUUCCUUAAUAUUGGAUGCUUUGGAUUCGAAAUUCGGUGUGAGUUUUGGUGCAGAGAUAUCAAUGGAGAUGGAUCCGGGGACAUUCGAUGUGGGGAAACUGAAAGGGAUGAUGGAGUUGGGUGUGAACAGAGUGUCUCUGGGAGUUCAGGCAUUUCAGGAGGAGAUGCUGAAACGUUGUGGGAGAGCUCACGGGUUGAAGGAGGUUGAUGAGGCUAUAGAGAUUAUUGUUGGGCAGUGUAGUGUUGAGAAUUGGAGUAUUGAUCUCAUAGCUUCUCUUCCUGGUCAAACACCAGAGAUGUGGGAAGAAAGCUUGAGACGUGCCAUUGAUGUGCAGCCUACGCACGUUUCCGUGUAUGAUUUGCAAGUUGAACAAGGAACCAAAUUUGGUAUCUUGUAUACUCCAGGAGAGUACCCAUUGCCUUCUGAGAAUCAAUCUGCUGAGUUUUACAGAAUGGCUUCAAAAAUGCUAUCAGGAGCAGGAUUUGACCAUUAUGAGAUCAGUAGCUACUGCAAGACGGGUUACCAUUGCAAGCACAACUCCACAUAUUGGGAAAACAAACCUUUCUAUGGUUUCGGACUUGGGGCAGCCAGUUUCCUUAACGGAUUAAGGUUUUCUAGGCCUAGAAAACUCAAGGACUACACGGGAUACGUCAAAAGUUUAGAGGACAGAUCAGAGAGUUGCUUUUGGAAGAAUGAUUGUGUGGAUGCACAUGACAUGGAGAAGGAUGUCGUUAUGCUCUCUCUUCGAACUGCUAGAGGUUUGAAUUUGAAGUCCUUGGGUGAAGCUUUUGGUACCUCGCUUGUGGUCUCCCUCUUAGAAGUUUAUGAACCAUAUGUGGAAACUGGCCAUGUACUUUUCUUGGAUCAGCAGAGGAGAGCUAUUACAGUGGAUCAACUCUGUAGCUUGGAUAGGUGCAAGACCAAAGACGUGGUUUCGUUCAUUCGUUUAUGUGACCCCGAUGGUUUUCUGCUAUCCAAUGAGCUGAUAUCCCUAGCCUUUUGCGUUAUAGGGUAGUUUUGUGAUUAGUUAAUGAACUAUAGUGCCAUAACAAAUCUGUGUAAUGUAAAUUCAUACCAAAAUUAGAUUCCUUUAGCCCUACAAGAGAGUUUCACACUUUCCUUUUGGGCGGGUUUUCUCCAAAUAAGUUUAUCUUUCUUACUUUUGUUGAUUUAAUGCUAAAAUAAUAAUAAUGUUAUUAUUACCCCG